UAUUCAUAUAAAAUUGGAAUGAAGGGAGUCUCCAUCGUCUUUUCCUGUAGACGUAACAGCGACGACCGGAAAAUGACCCGAAAGAGAAAACUGUGUAGAGAUUAGAGAAGUUUGGAGUUAUAUGUUAGUUUGAUCUCUUAUCACCACACAAAUAAAAAUGUCCAAUUUGUCGCCCUGAUUAUUGCUUUUGUACUCGUUGCAUUUUGUCACAUCUUGAUUAAUGCAAAGUCCCUGGCUUCAAAAUCAAAGAAUAUAGGUAUGUAAUUUGGUUUUGUAAAGUAACUAGGAUCACCAUAACUUCCAAAGUAUAUCUUCAUUUAGCGGUUAUGAAUUCACCUCGAGAUAUGAAUGCUAAAUAUUCGGCUAAAAGUUGGUUUAUUUGUAAACACGAGCAACACGAAGUCUGAACUUGUUGGUGAUGAGCUGCUAAUAGGUAGACACGCAAUAUUUGCAAUGACCCAACUGUUCAAAUAAGUGCUAGAUUUCGAUCGCGAGAUUAUCUCGAUAGUUUAUUUGGUGAAACUUGCAUCUAUUUGUUGUUGAAAUCUCAUAAGUAGUCCUUAAUUCCAAAGUCAAUCUUAAUAUAUUGCACAAUUCCAAGUACCUUCUAUACCUACCAUCAGCAAGAGGGCAAUGGCGCCAUGAUGUUUUGGACGCUUUAUUCUCAUCGGAGGAGAGGAAAGCCAUACAGGCCAUUCCCUUACCAACAAAUCAAACGAAGGAUAGGCUGUGUUGGGAGAGUAACUCAAAUGGCUGCUAUAGUGUUCGUGCAGGCUAUAACAUAGCCAUCGAACUGCCACCAGAGGAGCCUGAUAUAGAAGAGAUAGAAGGAGAUACAACUAAUGCCCCUACGACCAUCAACUGGAAAGAUCUCUGGAAGGUUCAGACCCCACCCAAGGUAAAAUACUUCCUAUGGAGAAUGAUGCAUAAUAUCCUUCCUACUAAUGUUAACCUCACUAAGAAAAUGGAGGAACGCUUCGUCCCGGAUUGCCCUUACUGCGGUAUAGCUGAGACCCAGGAGCAUAGAUUUAUGGAGUGUGAAUGGUCACGAAGAAUAUGGAGGAGAUCCCUUUGGUUAAAUAUGUGUGGGUAUGGAAAUGGUGAAGAAAUGUCGGGCUGGCUGAACAAACUUCUUACUGAAGAAGAUACAGAUAUGAUAGCAGGUAUAUGUUCACUCUUAUGGUUUUUAUGGGAUGAAAGGAAUAAACAUCAAUUUAAUGGGAAGAAACUCGAAGAAGGGGAAGUGGCAAUAAGAGCCCAGAAUUGGAUCCUGGAAUAUAAGCGAGAACAAGAGCUGCAAAACACGCCCAGGAACGCAGGGGAAGGGCGUCAACAUCACUGGAUACCGCCGAGUGUGGGUACUUUGAAGGUCAAUACGGAUGCAGGUUGUCUAGGGGAUGCAGGAACAGGGCUUGGAAUGAUUGUACGAGACUGGAUGGGCGAGUUCAGAUUUGCGGCAGCCACAAGAGAAGCGGAAAGAUGGACUCCAGAGGUUGCGGAAGGCAGAGCGGUGGUAUUUGCUAUAAAAAAGAUGAAAGAGCUAUAGUGGGGACCGUACGAAGUUGAGUCGGAUUGCCUUAACCUGAUUAGAAGAUUGCAGAAUCCCUCAACUGAUUUUUCUGAAGUAGGUACGGUGUGUCAAAAUAUUCUGCAUAUGGACGGAGUGGAGAACUGUAGAGCGUGGCGCCACACUAAUCGGGGGAAAAAAUCCAAAAGUACCACUGUUUAAAAAAAAAUUCCAAAAAUAUCACCCAAUCCCAAAAAAUUCCAAAAAUACCACCCUUUUUCAAAAACCGCCACCCCACCCUGCGGUUUACACGAAAACCGUUUGUCGGGGGCGCGGUUUUCUAUUCAAACCGCGGGCCUAGGGGGCGGUUAUUAAAAAAAAAAAUUUUUGGACCAAACCGCUGGGUGGGGUGGCGGUUUUGACCCAAAACCGCCACCCCACCCAGCGGUUUGGUCCAAAUUCUUUUUUUUCCGAUCAACUCCUAUCUUCGGCCGAAACUUCAAACGAACGUAACUUUGCACUCGGGUAUCCGAUUGAUGUGAAUUUUUUUUCAUUUCUCAUAAUUUUUCAAGAUCUACAACUUUUAGUAGGAUGAAAUUUUCAAAACAGGAACUAUUUUUGGAUAUGCGGGACCUUGAGAAUAACUUUACCUUUACUUUUCACAAAUCCAUGUACAUUUUGAAAUUAUGAUUAUAUUAAAAGUUGUAGAUCUUAAAAAGUUAUGCGGAAUAAAAUAAAAUUCAUAACAUUCGGAUUUUGGAGCACAAAGUUAUGACCGCCCAAAGUUUGACGAAAUGCGAGACCCGGCGGUAUGCGGCUUGCAAGAUCUCAAAAAGUUUGCGGCCUCCAUUUUUUGAAUCCGAAUAAAUUUUUGAGAUCUUGUAAGCCGCAAACCGCCGGGUCCCGCCUUCGUCUCGAAAAAACGUCAUUUGCCACCCCGAACGAGCCUUUUUUUUUUAUUUCGUCAAACUUUGGGCGGCCAUAACUUUGUGCUCUAAAAUCCAAAUGUCAUGAAUUUUUUUGUUUAUUCCACAUAAAUUUUCAAGAUAUACAACUUUUAAUAUAAUCAUAAUUUCAAA